UAAAAUUAUGAUAUUUGUGAAAGAUGAGAGGUGUUUUCUUCGAAUCUUUCAAAAAAACAAAAAAGAAAGAAAGAAAAUAAAAGCAGAAAACUGAAUUGAAGGGGCCUUUUCGCUUUCGGGCGUAUGUUUUAUCUAUUACGGAUGGAGAAGCUCCCGCCAUCCACUGCGACAAAUUUUCCAGCGCUAAACAAGAAACGCAACAACUGAGUCUAGAAAGAUCGCCAUACUUGAAGCUGAAUAGCACUUUCAUGGUAUACAUGAUUAUAAAAGGUCUAAUUAGGAGGUACGAAAGAUGGAAUCCUGUACAUCCAACUCUUGGGGCCUUUUGGGGGAUGGGAAUAGGCAUGGGUUGUGGUGUUGGAUGGGGUCCUGGUUUUGGUCCUGAAGUAAUUGGCUACGUUGGUGCUGGAUGUGGUAUUGGGUUUUGUGUGGGAUUCACAGCUGCAGGUCUUGGCAUUGGUCUUCCAGCAAAUGUGCUUUAUCAUGGUCCAUACAGCGCUCUCCUGGCCACAAGAAGUGGAGCAAUAGAAUUAAGCCAAUCCAGUAGUCUUCGAUCCAAAAAAUUUUCUAUUAGUAAUGGAUGGAAUGACUUUACACAGCAUGUAUUUGGGCUGCAAAGAGAAGCAAUUAGACGAUUAGCAAACAUCAAGGUGGAUUGUACGGACAAAAAGAUUAAUUUGCCUGAUAUGCAGAUUUUACCAGCCAUUCAUACUAAGUCUAUCUGCGAAAGUUUAGGAACACUAGGUCAUCGCCUCUCUCACUUUCACAAAGAUGGAAUAGGCCUUUUCAUUAACAUGGAGUGAUCGUUCUGCAAACUUUACCAACCUAGGUUCAAAAAGUUAAACAUAUUAAGCGCUAAGCUACUGGUAUACUGUUUGGUUGUAGAUAGGGAGCGAGCUUAAGCUACCAAGAGUAGAGCGAGUAAAAACUGUGCAUUUUACCCUUUAUGCACCUCUUCUUUCUUGGCAAUGCUGGUUUCUGUUUGGCAAUAUUUCUUUGUAUACUUUUUUUCCCUCUUAAUAAAAUAUCAUAGGGUCUCAGUUUAGUUGAAUUUA